AUGAUAACCUUCACUCUUCCCUCUGCCAUAAGGAGCUUGAUCCUAUGGAAGACACCAGACAUCAGAAAUAUGUCCAGCAUGGCUGGGGUAAGGCUCCGACCAGCCAGCAUGGUGGUCCUGCACAGGUCCCUGGCUCCAGCCUUUGAAAAGUUCUGCCAAGCCAACAAUGGCCCUCUGCCCCUCCUGGGCCUGACUGAGCCAGGCAAGUGGACGUUGCCUACCCCGAACGCUGUUCUGGACACCAGGACAGGGUGUCCCUAGUUCCGGAAGUACGAGUUUGGUUCCCACAGAGGCAGCCUGACCUCAUUGGAGGAGUACCCAGAGCAGCUGAGGGACAUGGUGACCUUCCUCCCGGACUGCAGCUCCUCCCUGGAAGCAGCCUUGGAGAAGGUGGGGCUCCCCAGAAGAGACUCCGUAGGGCAUGGUCACGUGGGUGCGUACGAGACGACAGCGCCUUGUGCCACCAUUGCUGGCUUUUGCUGCCACCUGGUGGUCACAAUGAGGCCCAUCCCCAAGAACAAGCUGGAAGGGCUGGUGCGGGCCAGUUGCUCCCCAGGGAGUAAGGGACAUCCCAUUCAUAUCGGCGACCCGGAAUGGUUGGGAAUCAAAGAUCUUUCUAGACCUGACUAUGGGGAGCCUGUGGUGUGUCAGCCGGGGGACGUCCCAGUGUUCUGACCUUCUCCAAUGACCAGCCUCGAAGCUGUCAGCAGCUGCAAGACCCCGCUGGCUUUCACCAGUGCACUGGGUUGCACAGUCAUGACCAACUUGAAGAAUACAGAGGCUCCACCCAGUUGUCACCCUGAGGGAAUUCCUGAGGUCCAUCCCAUUUCCCAAGAUCCUUUGCACUACAGCAUCACAUCGGCUUCAGCUGUUCAGAAGAUUAGAGAACUAGAGACUAUAAUUGCCAUAGACCCAGGCCACUGGAGGAUCAGACACCUGCUCUGUAAAGGUGAGCUGCUGAGGGCCUCCCUGUCACUGUCCCACGCCCGCUCGGUGCUCGUCACCACUGGCUUCCCCACUCACCUCAACCAUGAGCCCCCAGAAAAGACAGACGGCCGGCCAUCAGGAGCCAUUGCUCUGGCCACCUGCCUACAGGCCUUGGAGAAGGAGGUCUCCGUGAUCGUUGACCUGACAGCUUCGGGUUUGUUCAAGAAACUUGUUGAAGAUGCCGUUGAGCAAGGGGUCCUGAAGACACAGAUCCCCAUAUUAACUCUCCAAGGUGAAUCAGCGGGAACUUCUCAGGCAUUUCUCUGCAAAGAUGGGGACCCCAAGUCGCCCAGAUUCGACCAUCUGGUGGCAAUUGAGCGCACAGGAAGGGCCGCCAAUGGUAAUUGCUAUAAUGCGAGGAAGAUGAGCAUCAGGCACUGGGUUGACCCCACUGAUGAUCUUUUCCUGGCAGCACAGAAGAUUCCUGGAAUCUCAGCUACUGGGGUCGGUGGGGGCAAUCAGCUUGGGAAGGGCAAAGUCAAGGAGGCUGUGAAAAGACACAUACGAAAAGGGGAUGUGAUUGCCUGUGAUGUGGAGGCUGACUUUGCUGUCAUCACUGGUGUUUCUAACUGGGGAGGCUGUGCCUUGGCCUGUGUGCUGUACAUCCUCAACUCAUGUGAGGUCCACAGACAUUACCUAAGGGAGGCAGUUGGACCCUCCAGAGCACCUGGGGAGCAGGACUGGGCUCAGGCCCUUCCAUCCGUUGCUAAGGAAGAAAAAAUGUCGGGCAUCCUGGUACGGCACCAAGUCCAGAGUGGAGUCUCGGGCGAGGUGGGCCCGGAGGUAGAUGGGCUGCCCUUCCACGACACCCACGCCCAGAUGAUCCAGAAGCUGGUGGAUGUCACUGCGAUGGGUGUGUGACUGUGCACGUAGAGUGCGUACCAGAUGGCCGUGCCUGGAACUAGGAGGGAGUUCCCUGAGGGCCCCGAGCCCCUUUCCACACGGUCCUGGGUGAGCAGCGCCUGGGACGGGACAGCGCAGUCGUUGGGGACUGAGGAGGAUGUUUCCUCAGGGCUUCCAGUCCUUUGCUUUUCUUCCUAAGUGCUAAGAGGGAUUGAUUUCA